UCCAAGGCGCCUCGCCAAAGGAUGUCCUCCACCCCAGAUGGGCCCACCCUCCUGCUCACCACGCUGUCCUCCUUCCCUUCUUCCAUCCCUGCCACCACGUCUGCAGAGUCAAAUGCCACGUCGUGCCAGGAGUGGGAGCAGACCCACCACCUGCUCUUCCAUGUGGGAAACUUGUCCCUGCUGUUGGGCCUGGCCAUCCCGACUACCUUGGCUCUGCACAUGAUCAUGCUGCGCCUCCUCCUGACAACAGGAUGUGGUUUGUUCAUCGCGUGGGCCGCGCUGUUCAGGUGCAACAUGGAUGUAAUGGUGUGGAACGUGGUCUUCCUGGUGAUCAACUUCGUGCACCUUUUCUACCUGUUGUAUAAACGCAGGCCGAUUAAGAUUGACAGGGAGCUGCGGUCCGUCUACAAGAGGAUGUUUGAGCCUCUGCAUGUGCAGGAGGCGUUGUUCCAGCGACUCACGGGACAGUUCUGCACCAUUCAGACGCUGAAGAAAGGCCAGGCCUACGCUGCUGAGGACAAGACGUCUGUAGACGAGCGCCUCAGCAUUCUGCUCAAAGGAAAGAUGAAAGUUUCAUACCGAGGCCAUUUUCUGCACAACAUCUAUACCAACUCAUUCAUCGACUCUCCAGAGUUCAGGUCCACUGAGAUGCACCGAGGAGAGAAGUUUCAGGUGACCAUCAUGGCAGAAGAGAACUGCAAGUUCCUGUGUUGGUCUCGAGAGAGACUCACCUAUUUCCUGGAGUCAGACACUUUCCUGAAUGAGGUUUUCAGGUUCCUCAUCGGCAAAGAUAUCACCAACAAACUGUACUCUCUGAAUGACGCCACGCUCAGCGACAAGGCUGUGAAGAAAAUGGACCGACAGCCCAGCCUGUGCUCCCAGUUGUCUAUGACGCAGGUGAGGAACAGCAUGGCGAGCAGCAGUGACACCGAUGAUGUUCUCAACCAGAUCCUACGAGGUGGAUCUGCUGGAUCAUCGCUCCAGAUCUCACCCGGCACCAAAGCGUCCUCAAAAAUGAAUCCUAUAGAAGAAGGCAUGGAGGAUGAUGUGUUCGAAGAAUCGGCUUCGUCUGACCACAUGCCCAACACUUCCACUGAGAACGUGUAGCCAGCAGUGACCACAGGGGCAUGCUGUGAAGUCCAACACAGCUGACACAACGUUCCUUGUGUUAGCUUGAGGGAACCCAAAGCCCCAUCAGACAUGAUGGGUAUCAUGACGGUGGUUGUCAACUUUCUUAUGUUUCCUCACAUAAAAAUGUGCAUCUCAUGUGUCAUAUGUCUCUUGAACAGAAUCAUCCUGUGACUGCAACAUACUAAUUAGAUGUUAUCAGAGAAGAAUCUUUAAAAAUCUUCACAAAUAUAACUAAAAUGUAAUAUUGUUGCAAAUAGGACCAAAGUUAAUGCUGCAAAAAUCUUUAAUGCAGUGAUUUAGCACAAAGUCAACCUUUUUAAUUGAGAUAAUAUAUUUAUUUUACCCCUGAGUGUGCUCUAAAGAUGAAACUUCAAACUGGAUUGACAGCGUAAUAAAGGAGCAGUUCAGGCAGUGUAAAGGAGACAAGUAAAUGUCAAAAGGUUGAUUAUGUUCUCACUGAAAACAUCCAGAUGAACAGAAUCAACCUUUAAAGUAUAAAAACAUUUAUAUAUUUCCUGCAUCACCAACUGAAUACAUGGAAUUUGCUGUAACAAUGCAGCGCACAGUCUGCACUGCUGUGGCAAUUCAUUAGUGAUGUUAGUGAGGUACAACUUAACAAAUUUCUCAUAUAAAAUUUAUUCUCCCAGCAAAGAAUCCUUUUAAGAAUCAGUGAAACGUGGAACGAACUCAUUAAUCUGAAACUGUAAACCAGAGUUUACAGAGCCAGCCACUGUCAUCAUGCAAACCUCUGUUUAAGCCCAACAUAGCUCACUAACCCUUAAUCUUCAUAGUACAUCACUCAGAUCUAUAGUCUAUAGAUAUGUUCAGCACACUGACUGGGAUAGCUGCAGCUCAGGAGGCAGAGCAGAUGGUCUGUGGUUGGCUGGUUUGGUCCCUGGCUUAUCUCCAGUCUGCACGCUGAAGUAUCCUUAGGCAAGAUACAAAACCCAGAGUUGCUCUCUGAUGCAGAAUAUGAAUGUGUGUCAUUGUUAGAUAGAAAGCACUUAGGCUUAGAAGGUCUUGCAUGAGCGGAUGUGAAUAGAUGAACGAGGCAUGCUGUGUUGAUUUUGAGUGCUCAAGUAGAAACAGUUCAUUUACCAUCAGUACAUAUUUGUCUCAGACCUGAACAAACAGCAACAAAGUUGAUACUUUAUGUCAUAUCACACUAUAAUGUUCUUAGUUCUUACUACAAAUGUUUCAUUUGGAGUUCACCGUGUAUUAAAUGUAUGUGAUCACAUGUAUGUGCAGUGCAUCCAUAUCCUGUCAUGUUACGGUGCUUUUCCACCCUAAAACCCCACACACAACACCCCACAGUGACAAAGGGGGAAAUGUUGGCUUGAAAAUUCUUCAAAAUGUAUUAAAAAAACCCAAAAACUAAA